CUUCAUGUGACCCAUAGUGUCCCGCCCCCGCCUCCACGUGAUCUGGGUUCGCCCCACCCCCCCUUCGGCAAGAUGGCGGCGCCCAGUUGUAGUGCGCCUGGCCUCUGCGGCCCGCUUUUGAGGAGUCUCUUUACUCUUGUCUCAAAGCCAUUUUGUUCCACCGCUGCUGCAUCCAGGCCUCUGGACGCCCAGCAAUUAGCGGAGAAACUCCGAGCCCAGAAAAGGGAACAAAAGAGGAAAGAGGAGGCGGUGCCCACAGACCCUGUUCAGCGGAGGGUGCAGGAACUAGUGCGGUUCACACAGCAGCUGCAACGAAUUCAUCCCAACGUUCUUGCUAAGGCACUGAGCCGAGGGAUUCUCCACCAGGACAAGGAUCUUGUGGUCAUCAAUAAGCCGUACGGUCUCCCUGUCCAUGGUGGCCCUGGAGUCCAGCUCUGCAUCAGUGAAGUAUUGCCCAUCCUGGCAAAGGUGCUUCAUGGCCACAAGGCAGAGCCCUUGCAUCUGUGCCACCGGCUAGACAAGGAAACCACAGGUGUAAUGGUGCUGGCUUGGGAGAAGGAAGUAGCACAUCAAGUCCAAGAGCUGUUUAGAACCCGUCAAGUUGAAAAGAAGUACUGGGCUAUCACUGUGCGUGUCCCCAUGCCCUCAGCAGGAGUUGUGGAUAUCCCCAUCAUUGAGAAGGAGGUGCAAGGGCAGCAGCAGCACUACAAGAUGACACUGUCCCCGAGCUACCGCAUGGAAAACAGGAAGAUGGUGAAGGUGCGGACCAGCCGCAAUGCUCAGAUUGCUGUAACUCAGUACCAGGUGAUCAGCAGCACUGUGUCCUCUGCCCUCGUGGAGCUCCAGCCUGUUACUGGAAUAAAACAUCAGCUUCGAGUUCACCUGUCUUUUGGAUUGGACUGUCCAAUCCUUGGUGAUCACAAGUACUCAGACUGGAAUAGGUUGGCUCCCCAGAAGCUUCCUGUUGGCACCCUGAAGAAACUGGGACUGAUACAGUCAAAAGCUCGCUACAUCCCCCUCCACCUGCAUGCCCGGCAACUGAUCCUGCCUCCCUUUGGGUCUAGGAAGGAGGAACUCCAGCUGGUCUGCAAGCUUCCUCGCUUCUUUGUACAUUCCCUGCGCCGUAUGGGUUUAGAGAUGCCAAAUCAAGAUGAAAAUGAACACAGUGAAGCCAGGCCUCCGGGAGCACAGUGAAAACUAUUGGGCAGUUCGGCCCCUGAACUCUUUGCUUUGUUUCAUGGAUGUUUCUAAUGUCUUACUUGGAAUGGAAGCCAGGAGAGCCAGGUGGGAUAAGUUGAAGAGACCCAGCUGCUUCUGGGCUUUUAAAGGAAAAUAAUGGCUAUUUACUGAGAAUUUGUCAACCCUGUAGGAAAGCCUGAUGGCAGUUUCCUGGACACAGGGUCUCUUUGCCAAGAUGGAAGUGAACCCAGGAGAAGGCAUAUUGGGACAGUAAUUGGAAAAGGAGAUCUAAAGCUAGACUCUGGUCAGAAAUGGUUUCAUCCACAGGAAAGCUUUUGAGCUGUUAGGUUAACAUUCAUACAGUGGAUCCUUGACUAACUUAGUUCAUUUGCAAGGGCUGUCCAGUGUUCUUAGACAGACAUUGGCGCAGGAUUCUCAAUUAACCCAAUACAGGAAAGGAUGUUAUAAUGUACCUUACAGAACUCUUUAAGUGUUUAAUCUGUAUCUGAGACCCAUCUUAACCCACAGUCGGCCAGCUUUUGGGUCAAGACUUUUGUGGUAAGUUAAAACUAAAAUUCCAGUUGUGACCCAAAUUAUUUUCAUGUCAGGCUGGUUGUAAGUUGAGGGCCCACUGUAGUUGGAAGGACUAUAACAGUUAAACACAGAUCAUGGGUCCUGACUUCGAUCCCAAGUACUGGGAAAAAAUAAAACAGAGAUUAUGGAAUCCUUUCCAUAGGAAAACCGUAUAUAUAAACCAUAUCCGUAGUUUUAGGCAUUCACUGGGGGUCUUGGAAUGUAUCCCUUUUGGUAAGAGUAGACCUUGGUGUUGAGAACACACCUUUCUAAACCUCCUUCCCUAUUUUUAUACUAUUAACAUGAGUUAUGAAUUUAAAAGCACAAAUGAGGUGACUAUAUUUGUUUAUAUAAGGCCUAAAUAUUUUGACUUUUUUCCUCUAGUAAACAUUCUUGAGACAAGAAUGUGACACUUAGGAACUAUUGAUGAUUGACUUUUGUUCAGGGAGACGUGAACAAGGAUGCUCAGAGGAAUGGAGAACUGUAUUAGAAGAAUAGAUGAUGGGAAUACAAGUUGAUUGGAAAAUAUAGAAAAGGGGUGGGCUAGUAAGGGUGCACUAGAAAAGAGACUGAGGUUUUAUAUCCUCUACCCUGUGUUAGGUCUCCUCUCAGUGUGGGUCUACAUUCUGUAAUUUGGCAACUGAAUACUGUAUUAAAAGUCCCUGGGGACAUUCGCUUA